CAGCUCGAGAAUAUUCAUGCAGCUUUUUGCCGGGACGUUUAUUAUCUUCUUCGUUGGGAUCGUCUUCUGGAAGACUGGGGCUUUCUUCCGGCGCUUCACACAAAGGAGGAUCUUCCGGACCGGCAGGACAACAGAGACACGAUGCGUGGGGAAAUGGUACGGCUGGGUGUCUCUAUCACGGCACGAGGCUACGAAAGACGUAGUUCGGAAAUUUUUCGGAAAGCUUCACGACUGGACAGCAUGGAGGUCAUCUAGGGCUGAUUACCACUGGGUCUGGUGGGAUCCCGGACAGAAGGGCUUACAGCAGUACUACAACAAUCGAAGGAUAAUCAAAUGGCUGCCAAGUUGGUUACAGAGUUAUGAGUACACUCCUGCUGAUGCAAUGUGGAAUCCAGGCCCUCCUCGAGCACGGACCCUUUCCUGGAGCGAGACGAGAGGCCUGGUGACUCCGGCGCUAGCUUUGCCACCAAUCCGAGAUUCAACUCUCUCUUUGGGCGCUCGGCGUGGAUUUGAAGAGGUGAUUGACGAUGAGGCUGCUGUACCAAGAAAAAUAGAUCCGCGGCUUUUGAGACCAAACCGGUUUGAAAGAAACCAUCUCCCAUCCUUAUUUUCAGAUACCAAAAUGGGGGCUACUCAGACCCCAUCUCUGGCUCUGCCCGCCGCACUCAGAGAGUACCCUCAUCUCCAAAAGUUGGAGACAGACUACAGUCCUUGGGGUGGUACAAAUUCGACUGGCCGUCCGAAAUUCUCAUGCACACUAAAGGAUACUCGUUGGGAAAGAAGGUAUCAGGUCUGGGCAGCUCGGAUGCAAGUGCAGACAUGUAAAGUUUUGCAGCAAGACUCCAUACCCAUGAUGGACCCUCCUGGGAGCCCUAUUCUAGAAAUUCUGGCAAGUGGUUCGUUGCAGGACUACAAUUCUCCGAGGUCAACAAUAUCUCAUGUACCAAACUCCCAUGCCGGCUUUACUGACGAGAAUGCGAGAACUAUUGUUAGACAACCACGAUACAUGCGGAAGCCCCUAAGCCAGGUCCAAAAACCAAGGUCGGAAGGGUGGCUUGAAUACUCAUGCGCUCCCGUUUCCUCUGCGGCAAAGAUAUAUCUUACAAGCAUGACAACCCCAUGUCUUCACGGCAGAUCCUUCCGAAAGCCCCUGUAUUUCGACGGCACAAUGCCACAUCGAGGUAACAAAACCGAAAACCAGACACAGGUUUCGCCUGUCCAAAGACAAAGCGAUUGGGAGAUACGCCUAGUCAACACUCUGGAUCGGAAACUUGAGUGGCUAGGGAACGAAAUGGAUCCAGGCAGGAGGCCAUACCAGUUUGCGAUUUUCCCUAACCAUUGGUUGAACCCUGCAGCAUGGCACGUCUUCGAUCCUGUGUCACGAGUUUCCCAAGAUAAUAGACGGCUCUGGGGAGAUCCCAGGUUCAAUGUUCCUUAUCCCGAGCCAUCUUACCAGCCUAUAUCAAAAUAUCGCAGGCCUCGCCACCGUCGAGCCCGCACGCCAAAGAUCGAUUCUUGGAGAGCCGCGGUGAACCAGUAUCGUAUUGCAUCGGGAACUGGGAAUGUGCUCGCCUUGGUUGACUUGUUCGAAAGCUCGGCUGACGAGCCUCCUGAUGGACACAUCGAUACAGCCAGCUGGAUGCUUCCGAAGCCGCCGCAGGGCUUUGGCCUGUCGACGAAGCAGAAAAAAGCCUACUUCGAGGGCGGAGCAGGCUGGCAAGAAUCUUUGGAAGAAUGGCAGCAUGUUGAUGGUGCAUAUCGGAUUCGCAAGGGUCUCUACGAAGGGCGCGUCAACCGGACCCGGUUACGGGAGGUCUUGACGAAUGUAGGGGGUCAAUGUCGAGUAGCUUCCUCAAAGAUAUCUGCGCACCUAGGACAUCUCUUGAACCAAGAGGAUUCGUCAUGACGUUAAUCUUCAGCCACACCGAGGCGAUGGUGGGCUAUAUACCGACAAGCAGUCAGCUAGACUUAUCUCAUAUAUUAUCAUUAGCAGCGCAUAUAUUAGCAACG